CAUGGAUCCCAGCCACACGCUGCAGAGCCUGCUUCAGAGGAGAGGACAACAGCAAGAGGCUGGCACACCUCCAGAGAUGCUUCCAGCCAGGACUUCCAGAGACAUGGAAUAUUCUUUAGAAAAAGUGGCGGCUCGGAGGCUCCGCGAGGUUCUCCGAACCCUCUCCGAGCCUCCAAGCCGACACUUUUUCCAAGGCUUCUUUAUUUUUCCAGGUCUGCCUAUUCGAGAGAGGUCCGGGAUGUGCCAUCUUCGGAGUGGAAGCUGCCAAGCGGGACCUCUUUCCUGCUCUCUAGUGCUGGCCAGCCACACUGCACCCUUCGCGCAGAACCCCAGUUCCCGUGCUGCGAGAGGACGGCUCGCACACAGCCGCCCGCUCUCCUAUCCCUGCUCCUAUCCCCGACGGGAGGUGCGGGACUCCGGGACAGCGCGGUGCCGGGCGCGCCCCGAUCCCGCAGCCGGCACCCUCUACCCCCCGAUCCCGCCACCGCCUGUUUCCAUGGAAACCGCGCAGUGACUCAGGACUUUGGGACCAGCUGGAAACCGCAACCGAGAGCGGCAGCCGCCCGGGGGGGCGAGGAGGGCGGGGAGCGGGGCGCGGCCGCCAGUGUGCCCGGGCGCGCUCCCGGCGGCGCGGAGCGGUACGAGGUGCGGGACGAGAAGCUCUCUCCCUGCACCCUCGCUUCCGCAACACCCGGCGGGCAGCGCUGCAGCGGGCUCCGCUGGGAGCGGGUCCCCGUCGUGCUCCGGGCACGGGAACCGCGGGGCUCACGGCUCCGCCGCUACAACGAGCGGCGCUUCGGGCGCAGCGCUCCUUCCCCGAACGCCGCGGCUGCGCUCCCUCCGUCCGGGCGCGAAGAUCCGCAGCGCUGCAGAACAACUCUCGGCCGGGCACCCGCCGCCGCUCCCGGUGUCCCCCGACUUCUCCCCGCGACGGGACGCGUUGCGGAAGGGCUGCGGGGCGGCAACCCACGCGGUCAGGACGGUUUAGUCGGGCCCGCGCCUCUGCGCACCCCCGCAGCCCACCCGCCCGGGGCAGAGGCACGGCCGAGCGGCGCGGCUCAGCGCCCGGCAGUGGGACCGCGGCAGAAGGAUCCUGGCGGGCGGCUGCGAGCGCUCAGCACCGCCGCACUCCGCGCCCCCUCCGGCCGCGGCUCCCCCCGCUCUCCACGUGCACAGCCGCUCCCACGGCACUUCCCGAAGGACAGGGCUCGGGGCGCCGCGCUCGGAACCGCUCGCUCCUCCCACGUCUCCUGUGCCCCGACCCCAUCCCGGCCACGUUUCCGAGGGACCGAGAGAUCGUUCGCACUGCGCGCACCCCGCAGGUCGCUGCCCGCUCGGAGCAGCACCGAAAUCGCAGAGCUUGCCGCUGAGGUUUCUUCUUUUCUCCUCCUCCUGGCAUUCGGCAUUCGCCUUCCCAGUUAAUUAAUCGCUCCCGAGCCGGUCCCGGAGUUUCCUU